AGGUCCUCUGCAACCUGCUCGCCCUCGGGUGGAUAACGCACGAGGAGGCCGAACGCAACUGGCGCGAGGGCGAUUGGAAGGCAGUCGGCGACUACAUGUCCCGUCCCAACGGCCCCUACCCGGUCUGCAUUCCCAAGUCGCACAAGAGGCCCACCGCGGCCUACCGCGCCGCCCUACGCAUGGAGGCGUUCCGGUCGUUGGACGACGACGUCCCGGAGGAGUGCAUAUAUGUCCCUCCCGACGAGCCAGGCAUGGACGACGGGCCUCAACGUAUUUCGUCUUUCGCGCAAAGAUUUGCGCAUCUGCCGCUCUCCACUGUUGCCAGUGCGUCCCAAACUCCCGCCACCCCUUGCGCCACCCAGGCUUCCGCCACUCAGUCUUCCGCCACCCAACUUUCUUCCACUCAGUCUUCUGCCACCCAAUCUCCCGCCACCAGCCACCGCGAUGCGUCUGGUAACGACGUUCACGCCGACAAGCGUCGCCGAGUGAGCUCGUCGGGCACGCCACCGGCAGGCCCAUCUCGCACGCUCAGCCGCACCCUGUCGCGCAGCGCGAGUUCUCAAUUGCUCGGCUCGUCGCGCUCCGGCACUCCCGUGUACGAGGAGCCCCCCGCGCCGGUCCGCGCCAACGCACUUCGUCGCACGCAGACGAUGGCGAGCAUCCCCGUGCGGUAGGCGCAUACGCGUGUGGGCGCCAUAAUGCCCGACGGCGCACAAGGCGUGAAUGGUGCGCAUACAAGGACCCUGCAUGUAGGAAGGACUGGCGGAGUGAACGGCGCGGACGCGGACGCAAGGAGGCUCUUUGCUUGCUGUACAGUGAUAUCUUAUCUUGUGGAUGUAUUGCUCUUCGCACAUACGUCGAUCGUGUACAUAGGCCGACGUGUACCUCUUCUAUCUCCCUCCGUAGCUCUCACCUACCUCUUACGCCUCCUCUUGCAUCGAUGCAUCUUCCCUCACGUACACACCUUCAACCUUCUUCUAUCCCAUAUUGU